AUGUCAUCCCCACCCCCACCCCCAACCCAAGAACAAGUCCUCCACGCCUGCGCCACCGCACCCCUCCCAGACAUCCUCUCCGCCCUCGCCGCCUGCCCGGACCCCCCACACGUCACCAAAAUCGCCGAAGUCGCCGUCGAGCACGACCGCAUCGACCUGCUCCGGCACUUACUCGCGACAGGCACGCCGACGGACUACAUCCCGCGCAAGGCCAUCGUGCGCAAGCGCUCGACGGCCAUGCUGCAGGCCCUGCUCGACGCCGGCUGGGACAUCAACGACUUCCUCGGCGGCUACAUGGGCUGCGCGCUGACGCUGGCGAUUCUCUGCCGCGCCCCGGACGACUUUGUAAAGUGGCUGCUCGACCGCGGCGCUGACCCGAAUGGCCCGCCUGGCGGCAUUGACCAUUGCGGCUAUGCGCUGCGUCUGGCGGUGCAGAUGCUGAGGGAGGGGGAUGGAGAGGAGGGGCCGUCGGGCGUUGCGCGUAUGUUGCUUGAGCGAGGUGCGAAUGUGGAUGAGUCGAGGGCGCUGCAUAUGGCGGCUGAGAACCGGGGGAUUGCGUGGGUGAUGUGGUUGGUGGAGGAGGGCGGCGCGGAUGUUAAUGCUGAGGGGUUUGAUCCGGAUUGGGCGGGUUCAACGGAGAGAGAGAAGGGGAUUGGGUUGCCGUUGCAUUAUGCGGCUAGGAGUGGGAAUGUGGAGAUCGUGAAGUAUCUGUUGGAGAGGGGUGCGGAUGUGACGCGCAAGGAUACUAAUGGUCGUACUCCAAAAGAGGUCGCAGAGCGUCUACAGCAUGACGAGGCGGCGAGGAUCCUGACUGUGGAGGGAGUUAACGCAUGA